GCGCCAGCUAUUGAUAGCGCAUGAGUAGAGGUUUUGCAUUUGGGUGUUCUAGUAAACUGUGCUGAAAUAAGAGCCGUAGGGGUCUAGUUACUAAAUAUUAUAACUAUAUGUGUCAGUCACAUUCUUGUAUUUAAUAGAUGGUGAAAAAACUCUUCUCCUAACAUGGCUAAACAAGAACAAGUCUUAAUUUUAGAACCUUCUUCUGAGCUUCAUUUUACUGGUCCAUUUACGGAUGUAGUCACAUCAUACAUCAAACUGACGAAUCCGUUAGAUUGCCGUGUUGGUUUCAAAGUGAAAACUACAGCUCCCAAAAAAUACUGUGUUCGACCUAAUGGUGGUAUUCUACAGCCUAAACAAGUAGUCAAUGUCCAAGUUAUGUUACAACCAUUCGACUAUAAUCCAAAUGAAAAAAAUAAGCACAAGUUUAUGGUCCAAUCGCUUAUCAUCCCAGAAGGAGAUGUUAAUUUUGAUACUGUAUGGCAAGAAGCCAAACCUGAGAGCCUUAUGGAUUCUAAGCUGAGAUGUGUUUUUGACAUGCCUGCUGAAGAGUCUGUUCAAAAUGUAAGAAUUUUAUUUUAAUUACCCAUGUCUUCUGUAUGAUAAAAAUGGCUUUUAAAUUUCUAAUUUAGCAUUGAGGUGAAUAAGAGAUGGAAUUGUCUUUUUUGGGGGGUAUUUUAUUAAAAAUUUUAGAAUGAUACAAGAGUAUUAAUGAAGGUGGGUAUAAGGUUUAUUCCCUCAAUCAUAGAUCCUAGGCAGGUACUUUAAUUACAAAGUUUUCAAAAUGAGGUAGAGAAUUUUUAAGAGAAUGGUUUAUAUAAUAUGGAGGGGAAAUUGCUGUAAUUGUAAAAACUGUGUUUUUCAUAUGGAAGACUUCUAGUCAGUAAAGUAUUCAUUAUGUGUUAAAUGUAAAAAGUUCCAUUCCUUUAUAUGAAACAUGUUAGGAGAUAUUAGUAAGAAUAAUUCACUUGGCAAACUUCUUAAUUUAUAGCAACCUAUUUUCCUUUCCGUUUUUUUUUCAUUGUCCUCGAGCAAAAAAAAAAAAAAAAAAAAAAAAAAAAAA